AGAUGUAAGGAUAUUGAUUUAUCAUAUCGUAUACGCGAUAAACAUUACACGUGCAUUCAGUCGCCUUCAUGGCCUGAUUCAGCUCUGCUGCCAUAUUUUUCCCAUAAUUAUACUUGUUGACUGUUGUAAGAUGACUCGUAAGAGGAGACAAAUUGAGCUUGGGCGUCUUCUCCCCGUCGACGAGGGCAAAAUGGCGCUCGUUCACAUCAACCGUCAGGUCCAAGCUGGUCUUCAUCGUGUGACGAUGGAGUUGCGGCAUCGUGCGUCUGCGCUGCCGAAGAUUGACAUGAACAAAGUCCCUGAUUGGCAUCGGCGAGCAACCCGCCUAAGCAUCAGCCUGGUCUUUUUCGGCUUGCUUGGACACAGUGUGAAAUUCCCAGCUGACCAGCAAACGCUCGCCCUGAACUUCCGUCAGAGCUGCAAUUGGGCCGCCAUCACGUGCAUCGUGGUGACUGCUCCGCUGAUUGGCAAGGUGGCUCAGGUAGCGUUCGACCGGCUGCUGGGCACGCUGGUGGGCGGCCUCAUCGGCUACAUGUGCUUCACAACGGGCUUCCACCUGUUCGGAGUAUUCGGCGCCGGCAUCUUCAUCAGCCUGAUGGCGGGGUUGGUGGUGUGGCUGAGCACCUUCCUGGCCUCCCGCCGCCCGCUAGAACAGCUGGUGCGGUUCGUACAGCUGACGUACAUCAUCGUGGCGUUCGGGGCCAAGCCGGAUAAGGGUGCCUUUCUGCUGGCGCUGAUGCGCAUCGGCGGUAUCUUCGCGGGCGGGCUGUUCAGUGUGCUGCUGGCGGUGGUGGUGCUGCCGCGGAGCGCUUCGGUGGAGUGCCUGAGGGAGAUGCGGAAGGCGCUGCAGGCGCUGCAUGAACUAAACAAGGAAGUUUGGGCGCUCAGCGGUGUCACGGGCGGCACCCUGACCAAUAGGCGUAAUUUCCGCAAGCACCAUCGCCAUGGCUACUCGGCCCUGCACCUGAACAGAGCAGGUGCAGAGGGCGGCGGCGGUACGGGGGGCAUCGACAGCAGCAGCAACAACAGCAGCAGCAACAGCCUCGCCGCCGCGUCUGCUGGGCUUCGCACGAUCGCGAGUGAGUCGCUCAUUGUCGGGCAGCAGUCGAACGGUCGCGGCGGCGGAAGGCGAAGCGACAACGGAGGUGGCGGUGGAGUGCCUCGUAACGACUUCAGUGUGGAUCAUCUGGAUCUGCUGGCACCACCGCGAGACGAGGAACUGCACUACCACGAGGCCCGCAUUGAGGAGAUCUUCUCCGCCGUGUACAGCAGCCUGGGGCGGGUGGAUGAGAACCUGGCGCAGACCAAGGGGGAGAUCUACGUGUGGCACUUCUGGGGGAGGUACUUCUUCGUGCCGGGUGUCCACUGGUUCCCGCUGAGCGGCCGGUGGCAGGUGCCCCGCCAGGACCUGGAGGACCUGGCCACCUGCCUGCGGAGGGUGGCGCGCAUGCUGUGGACGCUCCUGCUUGACUUCGAGGAGGGUUUCGGAGCGGAGAUGGAGGCGGUGCUGCAGCUCUACUACCCCAAGCAGCUGCUCAGCGAGCUGGCGAACUACCAGGGCAGGGCGAUCAAGGACCUGCUAGAGGCCUUCCCGGGCAGCACCACCAUUGAGGUGGACAACUUGCUAACGCUGGGGCAGGUCACGGACUGCCUGCUGCAGAUCAGCGAUGCACGAGCCCGUAACACCGUUUUUAACGUGAAGCAGCGGCGGCGUAACACGACAGGAUCGGCGGCGGGGGCUACUGCUGCUGCUGCUGCUGCAUCUCCCUCGGGGGCAGCGGCGGCGACAGACGGGUCAUCACGGGGUGGCAGUCGUCGUGGUGCCACCGCUGCUGCUGCUGCUGUUGCUGUUGCUGCUAGCGGCCCCGCCACUCCCACCACCGGCAAAGGCCCUGCCUCCAGCAGCCUAGAAAAGGUGCCGCUCCUGGCAUCCCACUCGGGGCCCUUCUCAACGGCAGCAGGCACCGCCGCCGCAGCUGCCACAAGCCCACCCAAACAUGACGGGAGCGUCGGCGGCGGCGGCGGUGGCGGCGGCAGUGUGCAUGCCGGUCGAGGUGACGCAACGUCGGUUCGAGCGCCCAGCGGCGGCGCCGACGGCAACGUCAGCGGCGGCGGCGGCGGUGUAUUCAUUAGUCGGUUGUUAUCCGGGCAGCCGGGGAAUACCGUGGCGCUACACCUACCGCCUAGAAAGCUAAUGCAGCAGCAGCAACAACAACAGCAGGAGCGGGAACGGGAACAGCAGGCGCAGCAGCAGCAGCAGCCACGGCCGUCCGCUGCCGCCGCAGCACAGCUCCUGACGGCUUCCGGAUCCGGUCCUGCCGCCGCCGCCGCUACGUUACCAGCUGAGCCAUCAUCAUCACCGGCAGCAGCAACGGCGACGUCGGCAGCAGCAGCAGCACCAGCAGCAGGGUCGUCGCCGCUCAAGGCGACGCGGAAGGACAGCGAGCGCUUCGACAUAUUCUCCGGAAUGUACUUUGACGCGCUGGCACCGGCCGCCACAGCAGCCGCCGCUGCUGCUACCGGUACGGCAAAGGGUGCCGUACAUCUGACGGCGUCUUCCAGUACGACAACGGCAGGGCCUGCAGCGGCGACAGCGCCACUGGCGGCGGCGGCGGCGGCAUCAGCGGCUGCUUCCGCACUGCCCGCUGCGUUGCAGAGCUCGCAGCUUUCGUACACUGGGCGCAUGAGUUGGAGGGAGCCUCCGUCGUAUGUUAGUCUCGGUGGUACGGCAGGGGCGUCAGGGGCCGCCAGCGGGGGAGGGACCCGUUCAGCCUCCGCGACUGAGGAGGCUUCGGGGGCUGCUGGUGCAGGCGGCGGGGAUGCGGGCAGCGCUGGCAGCGGUGAAAGGCACGCGGGAGACGGCGGCGGCGGUGGCGACGGUGGCGGCAGCGGGAGCAUCAGCGGCGGUGGCGGUGGCGGUUUGGACUUGUUGGGCGGUUUGGGUUCGCGUCUGUCGUCGAUUGUUGUGGAGCCGGUUACGUUCCCGUCCACUGAGGAGGGGUACCUAUCGCAGGUUCGUUGGUACAGCUUCCAGUUCGUUAUGGACGAGAUGGUUAACGAAUUGGAGGAGGCCUUCUACGCCUGCAGUGCCGUACUGCGAAAACUGCCGUACCCGGUUGGCAAGUAGGAGCAGAUUUCUUCAUGAUCUUUAGGAGAUCGACCUCAAGAAUUGAUUACGAAAUGAAUAGAGUCAUGCACGUGGCGUAAUAUAUGCUUUGGUUGCAUGUGUUUCUCUUAUCUUUGGUCAUGUGCCACCUCUUUUGGGGGCCGGCACACAAGGUGGGAGCGAGGGUGGUCUCUAGCUGGGAGGAGGGACGCGCUGAAGUACGGCAGGUAGCCACCCCUAGUCAGGGCACAGCCCUGCUACAGGCUAUAUAUGGUCAUGUGGGUUUAUGUUGUUCAUACAAGAAGCGUAAAGAUUGUGACAUAAAGGCAAGCAUGCAGUAUUGCUGCAGAGCCAGGUGGUUCCAAGACGCCUCGGGUAUUGCCGUACAAAGUCCCCGCACGGCGAUCCUGGUCUGCCCGUGCCUACACAUACGGCGUUGGCAUUUUUUCGCAUGCACUGCAUUUCCAUGUUCUGCUAUAAAUCCUAAACGUGGAGUGCUGCUCUGGGGUUCUCUGCGGAGAUCCGUGGACAAUGGCCCACGUGUUUGACAAGGCCUUCGUGAUCUGAACAUCUCAAAACAUUUACCAGCUUUGCGUCUUAAUUUCUGCGUUAAUCGGACUGGGAAGCGAACGUUGUGUGCGGAGUCCUCUGAGCAUAUGUAAUGAGGGAUCGGGGGAGGGGGGGUCAAUGAAGAGUGAAGCAACUGGAUCAGGUGUUGUGGGUCACAUGCAUGGGAAUGAUAUUGCAGGAGAGGCACGUGGACGAGUGGGGAGGAGGAUGGAAGUGCCAUGGGGUUGGCUUUGGGAGUGUGAAGAGCACUCGAGCGUGGUGCUUACCGCAUGUAUACGCACGCUUGGACCGCGUGCGUCACACACAUGCGCACCUUGCAGCUGCUGCGUGACUCAUGCUGAUAUACUGGCAAGGCAUGUAGGUUCUCGUCAUUUCAAGCGUCCAUUGAAGUAAGCAUGCC